UCUUUUUCUUCAAUUCCUCCUCAAAGUUUGUAAACACCAAAAACAUUACCAAUUGCACGAAAACCCUAGAAAUUUUAAAUGAUCAGUAGAAGCGUAGAAUAAUCGAUUCUGAGAAUGUCAAUCUCUACAGCAGAAGAAGAGUCAUUCCAGAAACACAAACUAUGUGGUUAUCUCUAUGUUGUUCUAUCGGUUGAAUCAUCAUCACACCGCAAAGAAGAAAUCACUAAAUCCCUAGCUUUCAAUACUCGUUGUAAGAUAUUUGGAGAUGGAAUUGAUUCGAUUGAAUUUCGAACCGAAGAUGGAAUCACUCUUUUGCCCAUUCCUAAUAGUAAUUCAGAAAAUCAAGACGUUACAACGAGUUUGGGAGAUAACAAGAAGGUUUUAGAACGGGGAAGUGGAUCAUCUUCAGGGAAGAAGAAGAAGAAGAGACAGAGAUUAGGGCUUGUGGAUCGGAGUAAAAGCGUAGUACAUCAACUAUAUGUUUUAACAAUGCACAAGUGUUUAGAGAUUGUUAGCAGAGUUGUUAAGGUUUCCGUGCGAGAAGUUGGAAAUGAUGCUAGGGUUGUUCUGCUGAUUGAUGUUUAUUUGCCAUUGUCAUUGUUGUCGCGUGGUCACUUUCCCAAAUCAGGGUCCAUUGCUGCUUCUCUCUUUAGCCAUAUGAGUUGUGAUUGGGAGCAGAGAAAUUUGGUACUUGUCGACGAAUCCUAUUUUUGUCGCGAAGAUGAUGACCCUUUAUGGAGACAUUCUGACUGUCAUGUUUUUGGAUGUAAGAUUCAUCAUAGUUUACUAGGAUCUUUUCAGAAGAAGCGAUUUGAACUUCAUGAGAUUUUCAAGAGUCUACCUGGGGCUUUGAAGGAGGAAAUGAUUUAUUCCACUAGAAUAAAUGCAACAGAUUCUUCACUUGGGAGUGGAAUUUGGGACCUGUCAGAUGAUUUGUUGAUGAACAUUCUGACAGCUCUUGAACCACGAGAUCUUAUUAGUAUUGCCAUUACUUGUCGUCAUCUAAGGUCCUUGACUUCGUCUGUCAUUCCAUGUAUGAAGCUUAAGCUUUUUCCUCAUCAGCAAGCAGCAGUUGAUUGGAUGUUACAGCGAGAGCUCAAUCCUGAAACUCUUGUACAUCCACUUUAUAUGGAUUUCCUAACUGCGGAUGGACUAAAAUUCUAUGUAAAUGCCGUUUCUGGUGAAAUAGCAACUGGAAUUGCUCCCACUGUGAGGGAUUUUCGCGGGGGGCUGUUUUGUGAUGAGCCGGGCUUAGGGAAGACUAUAACUGCUCUUUCUCUAAUUCUUAAAACUCAAGGAGUGUUAGCGGAUCCACCAAAUGGUGUUGAAGUGCAAUGGUGUAGUCAUAAUGAUGAUCAAAGAUGUGGCUACUAUGAGCUUAGUGGUGAUAAGUGUGCACCUGGUAAUGUCAUGCCUUCAUGGAAAAGAUCUGUGUGUCAAAAUGGUAGAAGGGGACAGCUUUAUCAGGAUAUACUCACUCUUGAUGAGCACACGAAAUCCUGCUCACCAAAAAAUGUCAGGUUAAGUAAUUGUAAUGAGUUACCUAAAAGUAUUGCUGAUACUUGUCCGGCUAAUUUAGGGAUUUCUUCAUGCACACCUAAUACUGUUCCAGCAAAACGCUUACGGCGAUCCACUGGGAGCCUAGGUCAUGUUAGGAAAAAUCUUUUCGGUUCAUGCGAGGAAGCUUCUGAUGGUCGGAUGAGCAACAGUGGAAAGAAACGGAAGAAAGACGAUUCUGGUGAUUAUGAACAUGAUGAAACUUGGGUUCAAUGUGAUGCUUGUCGAAAAUGGCGAAAGCUGCAGGAAACAAGUUUACAGGAUUCUACUGCAGCAUGGUUUUGUAGCAUGAACAGUGAUCUAUUUUAUCGGAAUUGCGAUGCUCCUGAAGAAUCUUUUGAUUACAAGCAGCCUAUAUUAUACUUACCGGGAUUUUGCUCCAAAGGAACCUCUGGAGGUAUGGAGGAGAAUGUGUCAUUUUUCAUGGGUGUACUCAAGGAUCAUAGUAUGUUUUUAAAUUCCGAAACAAGAAAGGCUUUGACCUGGCUGGCUAAAUUGUCCCAUGACAAGCUCCUGGAAAUGGGAAAAAUUGGUUUAACACGUCCGGUUAUAGACACGCGCGUCACCACAGAUGGAAAUGCUAAAAGAUACUACAAAAUAUUUCAAUCAUUUGGACUCGUAAGAAAGAUUGAGAGGGGAAUUAGUCGAUGGUACUAUCCACGCAACAUUGACAAUUUGGUCUUUGAUGUGGCUGCACUUCAAAUUUCUCUGACUAAACCACUAGACUUUUUCAGGUUAUAUUUGUCAAGAGCAACUCUUAUUGUUGUCCCUGCAAAUUUAGUUGAUCACUGGAAGACCCAGAUCAUGAAACAUGUGAGGCCCAGGCAUCUACAUGUUUGUAUAUGGACUGACCAGAAAAAGCCAUUGGCUCACAAUCUGGCGUGGGAUUAUGAUGUUGUCAUCACCACAUUCAGUCGCUUAAGUGCAGAAUGGGGCCCGCGUAAGAAGAGUGUUUUGACGCAAGUUCACUGGCGUAGGGUAAUAUUGGAUGAAGGACACACUCUUGGAUCAAGUCUCGGUUUGACAAACAAACUACAGAUGGCUAUCUCAUUGACAGCCUCCAGUCGGUGGAUUUUAACUGGGACUCCGAUGCCAAAUACACCUGACAGUCAAGUUUCUCAUCUUCAACCCAUGCUGAAGUUUCUUCAUGAGGAAGCAUAUGGACAGAAUCAGAAGUCGUGGGAAGCUGGUGUUCUUAGGCCAUUUGAGGCAAAGAUUGAGGAAGGUCGGUCACGUCUAUUGGACUUACUAAAUAGGUGUAUGAUUAGCGCAAGAAAACUAGAUCUGCACACUAUACCUCCUUGUAUUAAGAAGGUGGUUUUUCUUAAUUUCAUGGAAGAGCAUGCAAGGAGUUACAAUGAGUUAGUAGUGACUAUUCGCCGUAACAUUCUAAUGGCUGACUGGAAUGAUCCCUCUCAUGUUGAAAGUCUUUUGAAUCCUAAACAAUGGAAGUUCAGAAGUAGAACCAUUAGAAAUGUGAGGCUGUCAUGCUGUGUUGCUGGUCAUAUAAAAGUAACAGAGGCAGGUGACGAUAUACGGGAAACGAUGGAUGUUUUAGUAAGUCAGGGUCUUGAUCCUGCUUCAGAAGAGUACGCUUUUAUAAGACAUUCCAUCCUGGAUGGGUGUAGCUGUUACAGGUGCAAAGAAUGGUGCCGUUUACCUGUCAUUACCCCGUGUAGGCACCUGUUAUGCCUUGAUUGUGUUGCUCUGGACAGUGAGAAAUGUACAUUUCCUGGUUGUGGGAAUUCGUACAAGAUGCAGAGUCCUGAAAUUAGAACUCGGUCAGAAAAUCCCAACCCAAAGUGGCCUGUACCUCAGGAUCUUAUUGAGUUACAACCUUCAUAUGAACAGGAUGAUUGGAAUCCCGAUUGGCAUGCAACAUCCAGUAGCAAAGUUGCGUAUCUGGUAAAAAGGUUGAAAGCUCUGCAGGAAUCUAAUAUAAAGAUAGGUUACUCUGUCGUUCAAAAUAAAGAGAGCACCUCCGAUGAGCUUUUGAACUCUAAUAAGCAGCUAGGGAAAGCGUUAUUGCACCCUGACACAUGCUCCAAUCCGAGCGACAGUGCUUUAAGAAUACCCUCAGAGAAAGUGAUUAUAUUUUCUCAGUUUCUCGAGCACAUACAUGUUAUUGAACAGCAGUUAACAGGUGCGGGUAUCAAAGUCAGCGGAUUAUAUAGUCCAAUGCAUUCUACCAACAAGAUGAAAUCAUUGGCUAUCUUCCAGCACGAUGCCAGUUGUAUGGUUCUUUUGAUGGACGGAAGUGCAGCACUUGGUCUUGACCUGAGUUUUGUCACCCAUGUUUUUCUAAUGGAACCUAUUUGGGAUGGAAGCAUGGAAGAACAAGUGAUUAGUCGUGCUCAUCGUAUGGGUGCUACUCGUCCUAUCAAUGUCGAAAUUUUGGCGAUGCGUGGUACCAUUGAAGAGCAAAUGUUGAAAUUCCUAAAGGAUGUGGAUGGUUCUCGAGGAUCCUUGCAGGAAGAGUUCAGGGAUGAUCUUGAAGGAGGACGACGACGUACUUUGCAUGACUUUGCCGAGAGCAAUUAUCUGUCCCAGCUUAGCUUUGUGAAAACCACUGCAUAGAUGUGAAGGACACGGACGAUUUUAUAGAAGCUCAUUAGGUGACCAAUCACUCAUUGGAGCUCUCUGAUCCCCAAAAGAUCUCGUGUGUUUUUUUGUUUUGUUUUUGGAACGUAGAUGGAUUCAAUUGAAUGGCAAGAGCAAGGAUGUGUUCUGCCUCUCCAUGUAUAUAACCAAUUGUUGUAGUUAUUUAUUGCUUAUUAUAAAAUCGCUUUUAUUUUAUUUUUUCUCUAAAAUAAGCAAACCUUUGUAUAUUAAUAAAAUUGAUAUGCCGAUCUUUGUUUGUUUG